UGCUACGGGGCGGUAGUCGUUUAGCUCAGUUACCUUAGCUUUCUUGGGAACAGGAACAAUGGUGGCCCUCUUGAAGCAUGUGGGAACAACAGACUGGGAUAGGGAUUGAUUGAAUAUGUCCGUAAACACACCAGCCAGCUGGUCUGCGCAUGCUCUGAGGGCGCGGCUGGGGAUGCCGUCUGGGCAUGCCGUCUGGGCCUGCAGCCUUGCGAGGGUUAACACGUUUAAAUGUUUUCCUCAUGUUGGCUGCAGUGAAGGAGAGUCCGCAUGUUUUGGUUGCGGGCCGUGUCAGUGGCACUGUAUUGUCCUCAAAGCGGGCAAAAAAGUUAUUUAGUCUGCCUGGGAGCAAGACAUCCUGUUCCGUGACGGGGCUGGUUUUCUUUUUGUAAUCCGUGAUUGACUGUAGACCCUGCCACAUACCUCUUGUGUCUGAGCCGUUGAAUUGAGAUUCUACUUUGUCUCUAUACUGACGCUUAGCUUGUUUGAUUGCCUUGCGGAGGGAAUAGCUACACUGUUUGUAUUCGGUCAUGUUUCCGGUCACCUUGCCCUGAUUAAAAGCAGUGGUUCGAGCUUUCAGUUUCACACAAAUGCUGCCAUCAAUCCACGGUUUCUGGUUUGGGAAUGUUUUAAUCGUUGCUAUAGGAACGACAUAUUCAACGCACGUUCUAAUGAACUCGCUCACCGAAUCAGCGUAUUCGUCAAUGUUGUUGUUUGAUGCAAUACGAAACAUAUCCCAGUCCACGCGAUGGGAGCAGUCUUGGAGUGUGGAAUCAGAUUGGUCGGACCAGCGUUGAACAGACCUCAGCACGGGAGCUUCUUGUUUUAGUUUCUGUCUGUAGGCAGGGAUCAACAAAAUGGAGUCGUGGUCAGCUUUUCCGAAAGGAGAGUGGGGCAGGGCCUUAUAUGCGUCGCGGAAGUUAGAAUAGCAAUGAUCCAAGGUUUUUCCAGCCCUGGUUGCACAAUCGAUAUGCUGAUACAAUUUAGGGAGUCUUGUUUUCAGAUUAGCCUUGUUAAAAUCCCCAGCUACAAUGAAUGCAGCCUCAGGAUAUAUGGAUUCCAGUUUGCAAAGAGUCAAAUAAAGUUCGUUCAGAGCCAUCGAUGUGUCUGCUUGGGGGGGAAUAUAUACGGCUGUGAUUAUAAUCGAAGAGAAUUCCCUUGGUAGAUAAUGCGGUCGACAUUUGAAUGUGAGGAAUUCUAAAUCAGCACUUGAGUUCCUGUAUGUUGUUGUGAUCACACCACGUCUCGUUAACCAUGAAGCAUACGCCCCCGCCCCUCUUCUUACCAGAAAGAUGUUUGUUUCUGUCGGCGCGAUGCGUGGAGAAACCAGAUGGCUGCACCGACUCCGAUAGCGUCUCUCCAGUGAGCCAUGUUUCCGUGAAGCAAAGAACGAACGUUACAGUCUCUGAUGUCCCUCUGGAAUGCUACCCUUGCUCGGAUUUCAUCAACCUUGUUGUCAAGAGACUGGACAUUGGCGAGAAGUAUGCUAGGUAGUGGUGCACGAUGUGCCCGUCUCCGGAGUCUGACCAGAAGACCGCUUCGUUUCCCCCUUUUACGAAGUCGUUUUUUUGGGUCGCCGGCUGGGAUCCAUUCCGUUGUCCUGGGUGAAAGGCAGAACACAGGAUCCGCUUCGCGAAAGUCAUAUUCUUGGUCGUACUGAUGGUGAGUUGACGCUGCUCUUAUAUUCAGUAGUUCUUCUCGACUGUAUGUAAUGAAACCUAAGAUGACCUGGGUUACCAAUGUAAGAAAUAACACGUAAAAAAAAAAAACUGCAUAGUUUCCUAGGAACGCGAAGCGAGGCGGCCAUCUCUGUCGGCGCCGGAAAAACACUAUCAUAUCUGUUUCCUACUGUGAAGUGGGUCCAAUUAAAUAAGAGAUUGGAUGAUUGUCUUCCUUUUUGUAGGCCUAUGCUACCUCGUGAGUAUGAAAAGAUCACAGAGAAGGUGAGGAAUGUAUUAUGCAAUGAUCAUGGAAAUGAAUAAACACAUGUAUUUAACGUUUCUUUAAGCAGGGAGUCAUGCCGAGACCAUGGUUCUCUUUCACAGAUGAGCCUUGCAUGAACAUCAAUAAACAGCAGACCCGAUUACAUGUUUCUACGCACGAGUUUAGCUAAGCAACGUAGCGAUGACGUAUUCUACAAGUCUGGCCGAGGAUUUCUAUUGGUGAAGCAGUUGUAGUCUGUUCACACGACUGUCUAAGGUAGAACGGACAUUGCUCUAUGUACAAGGCUACUUCACCACAAGAGGGCAGCAUUUUCUAAUAAUCAUUUGCCUUUUUCUCUUUCAUACUUCUCAAAGUUGAUAACUAGCUUAUUACAUUUAUUUUUAAAUUCUAUUCAGCAAGAUUAUAAAGUGGAAGGAUAUUAUAUGUUAUUAUGAUUCUGUUCAGUUUUAUUCACAUUGAUGGUGACUGAUAACUCAAGGGUGGCCAGCCAAACUACAUUACUAUAUUAUAUUUAUUAACUGGGCAGUGUAUGCAAUAUUUACGCAGAAUAUAAUUUAGCUAUUCUAAAUAUACAGUACAUGUACUAAAAUACAUUAAGUCCACAGGUCAGUUCAUCUCGAUACUUCAACUCCUAAGAACUUCACAAAUCCAGUGUGUGGGUCUUCCAGUGAGUUGGAGAGGCUUGAGGAACCAUGGCACAGUUUGAAAGCCUGAUAUGGACUAUACAUAUUUUGUUGGUGCUUGAAAGCAUUGGAUGCUGUAUUGCAUGUGGUAGAGCUGAGUACAGAAUAGGGGAUGAAUGUUGUCCCAUGUGUUCACCAGGAAAUCGUGUAUAUAGGUAUUGUACUGAAUUCACCAGUACCAGCUGUGUGCCCUGUGUUGAUUCUACAUUCCUUGAUGAGCCCAAUGGUCUCAUAAAAUGCAAAGUGUGUACCAACUGUGAUCCAGGUUUGGGUUUGAUGGUAAAGCAGCCAUGUAGACCUUCAUCAGACACUGUCUGUGGGACACUGGAGGGGUUCUACUGUCUAGACCCAACUAAGGAGGGUUGUAGAGCAGCCCAGAGACACAGCAGCUGUAAACCUGGUCAAUACAUCAGUCACACAGGAACAACAUCUACAGAUACUGUGUGUGCUGUCUGCCCUGAUAAAACUUAUUCAGAUGGAUCAUUAACAUCUUGUCAACCACAUACAGAAUGUGAAUUCUUGGAAAUUGAACCAGGAACUCCUCGGUCGGAUUCAGAAUGUGGAGUAUCCUCACUUCCCAUAGCUGGAAUCAUAGCUGGUGUUCUAUUUUUUCCGAUAGCCAUCAUGGCUGGUGUUUGUUUAUUUAUGAUAAAAAGAGAAAUGGUGAGAAGAGAAAUAUUGAAAACAAGACAAAACUUAGGUAAGAUGACUGGAAUUGUAUUUGAACCAUUCAUUGUUUUCAUUGCCUGUGAUAUUCAGUUUACUCUGUGAAUGCUACAUGUUUUACUUCUCAUAUAGAGUAGAUUACUACUGUUUGUUAUCGUCAUGGUUACAUGGUAUGUUUAUUACAAUAUUGGUCAUCUGUCUUUUU